AGCCACGCCCUCUCCCACUUGAGCGCCGGUGAGGACUCGACGUCAGGCGACGCAAUUCAUCUGGCAGCCAUUUUGCGUCAUGCUGAAGAGAAAAUGGCGGUGCUGUUAGAAACGACGGUGGGCGAUUUGGUGAUCGAUUUGUACACGGAGGAGAGGCCUAGGGCCUGUUUGAAUUUUCUGAAGCUUUGUAAGAUCAAGUAUUAUAACUUCUGCCUCAUCCACAGUGUUCAGAGGGACUUUGUUAUACAGACUGGUGACCCAACUGGAAGUGGUCGUGGAGGAGAAUCCAUUUUUUGUAAGCUCUAUGGAGAUCAGGCGAGAUUUUUCGAGGCAGAAAAGGUGCCCCGAAUUAAACAUAAGAAAAAAGGGACUGUAUCCAUGGUGAAUAACGGCAGUGAUCAGCAUGCAUCUCAGUUUUUGAUCACUGCAGGAGAAAACGUGGAUUACCUUGAUGGUGUACAUACAGUGUUUGGCGAGGUGACUGAAGGCAUGGAUGUCCUUAUGAAGAUCAAUGAGGCCUUUGUUGACAAGGAUUUCUGUCCCUAUCAAGAUAUUAGGAUAACCCAUACAGUAAUACUGGAGGAUCCAUUUGAUGACCCUCAGGGCUUGCAAAUUCCAGAUCGCUCACCAGAACCCACCAAAGAACAGCUUGAUAGUGGUAGAAUAGGAGCUGAUGAAGAAAUAGAUGAUACCAAGGGAAAAACUGCAGAAGAAAUUGAAGAAGUGCUGGCAGAGAAAGAAGCAAAAACACGGGCCAUAUUAUUGGAAAUGGUUGGAGAUUUACCAGAUGCAGAAAUAAAGCCCCCUGAAAAUGUGCUGUUUGUUUGUAAACUCAAUCCAGUUACCACAGAUGAAGACUUAGAAAUCAUUUUUUCAAGAUUUGGAUCAAUCAAAAGCUGUGAAAUCAUAAGAGACUGGAAAACUGGAGAAUCUCUUUGCUAUGCCUUCAUUGAGUUUGAGAAGCAGGAGGAUUGUGAAAAAGCUUAUUUUAAGAUGGAUAAUGUGCUGAUAGAUGACAGGAGGAUACAUGUGGACUUCAGCCAAUCUGUAGCUAAGGUUCAGUGGAAGGGGAAAGGUGCAAAAUACACCAAAGAAGAUUUUAAGGAGUAUGAGAAGGACCAAAGCAAACAUUCCAACAUUACCCUGAAAGAUAAAAUACAACCCAAACGGGACUCUAAAUAUGAACUGUUACUGGAUGAGGCUGAGGCAAGUGGAAGCCAUCGACAUUCGAAGAAACACCACAAGGAGAAACGGCAUCGUCGGCAUUCAGAAGAGGAAGAAGGUGAUAAGUUGAAGGCAGCAAAAUGCAAGGGAACAGCUGACAGAGAGAUUCAGCAGCACAGAAACACAGGUCCCAUUGAUGAAUACUGCAGGGAAAAAGACAGGGGUCAGAAAAAGCGGGACCGAUAUCAGAGCCGAAGCAGGAGUGAAUCCCAAGAGAAAGAUCACCACAAGCGAAGCCGGAGUAAGAAGAAAUCCAGACAUCGAGAAAGGGCAGAGGAAAAAAGGAGCAGAAGUCCCAAAAGAUUCAAAGAGAGAGUGGAAUGAGAAUGGGUAGAGAGAGAGAGAGAGAACGGAGUGGGGAUGGGUAGAGAGAGAGAGAGAACAGAGUGGGGAUGGGUAGAGAGAGAGAGAGAACAGAGUGGGGAUGGGUAGAG